CGAUCUGGACAGACCAGACCAGACCAGACAAACCAUUCAUCCAUCCAUCACCAGCCUAGCCUUGCCACUCUCGCGCCGUAUCUCGCCUCGCCAACAACCACAGAUGCAGUCCUAAGCGGUUGCGCACCUUUAACAGCAACGGGGUUACUACGGAGGAGGAGCCGCACCGAAAAUGGGUCAGUGGUGGGUUGACUCCCGGAUCGAAUCCACCGUCACCCGGCCCUACGUCCUAAGCCAGCUUCUCCCCGAUGAGAUCGAGCAGCUAGACCGGCCCGUGGGCUUUGGCAGCGAGGACUUGACCGAGCGAACCUACUGGGACAGCAUCCACCAUGAUGCCCCUCGCCUCUUUCUCAUCCUCGUCGACCUCGGCGUGCCGGACCAAAUCUUCGGAGUCAUCGAUGACGGGUGGGACGAUGCCGAGCUGCCAAUUGCCCUCGAGGACAUCGAUCGCCUACAGCUGGCGCCGGCGCGAGACGACCGCAUGGAUCGCAAAUUCUACCAACGUCAAUUUCACUAUCUUCUAAAGCCCCUGCAGCGCGGCAGCCACCAGGUCUACACGGAGCACGAAGUUGUUCCCCUCGAUGUUAUCGAACGCCCUCCCCUGACGGCCCACAAGUCUCAUGUGAUCGAAAAGGUGAGGCUUCCAAAUGCCACAGGAUCUGUCUUUUGUCGGCGGAAAUACCCCCUCGGCACAGGACCCGGAGCCAUGUCCAACUCGGACUUUCUCGAAGCCAUCCAGGGCAUCAAGGGUCUCCAAAACGAGCACAUGGUCUCGUACUGGGCAUCGUAUACCCAGCACGGAUUUGGCUAUGUGCUCUUCACCCCGCCAAAUGACUUUACCCUCAAGUCAUUCCUCGCGACGACGCCGUCUUCGUUCAAAAACCUCGCCAAAAAGGAUCGGAGAGAACUCGUCGUAAACUGGAUCCUGUGUCUGGUCGAUACCUUAUGCUACCUCCACAGCAAGAGCCGUGCCCACUCUUGCAUCAAGCCCUCUACCAUCCUCUUCACCAACCAAAAUCACAUUUUCUUCUCUGACUCCACACGGCUGACACCCGACGGCAUGCUCCAUCACACCGACAAGGCAUCAUUCGACCGUGAACGAUAUGAUUACGCUGCCCCUGAGCAAUGGUUCCGACCUACCGGGCCCUCGAGCCCACCGGGGAGGUUCAUGAACCUAGGAUCCCCUUCCACUCCCCCGGAUGACGGCGGCUUCAACAUCAUCCGAAGUCACGACCUGUCUACUUCUCCAAAUGGCAUGAUCCUUGCGCCAAACCCACAGCAAAGCCUACAACAGGCCGAUAUUUUCUCCCUCGGAUGCAUUAUCCUAGAGCUCCUGUCCUUCCUAGUGAAGCGAUCAACAAGCAAAUUUGCCGCCUUCCGAUCUGCUAAGCACAAGACUGCAGGGCGAGGUGGCGCCGUCCUCGAUACCUCGUUUCACAAGAACCUAGGUCAGGUUGAGGCUUGGAUGUCCAACUUGGCCAAGGAAGCUUCAAGAAAAGUGGCGGACAGGGACGGCGCUCAAGUCUUUCGAGGUGUAACUCCGAUACUGCACGUCGUCACGGGAAUGCUCUCAGCCAACCCAUACGACAGACCACCAGCCAUUGAGGUACAACAACGCAUCUAUCAGAUUUUGACAGAGGUGUGUGGCACUGCAGAGCCGCAUUGUGUGCACCAAUACUCACACGAGCUCGACUACGCACUUGGACGGAUGCACAUUCAAGCUCCCGGAGAUGUCAUGAUGGCCAGGCUGAACCGAGCCAGUCUUGGAUACGGGACCCCACGGACAUUCCAGCACAGUCGUAACAGUAGCAGCGGCGGUUACUCCCAAACGAGUCGCACGACGGCUAGCAGCGAGGCAGAAAUUGAUGGCACAUAUAACCCAGGCCCAUCGAGUCCACAACGGAUCAGGCCACAACCGUCGUGGCCCCGAAACCCGGGCUACAUGGUCAAUCCGGCCUUGAACCAGGGUUCACUAUAUGCAACAGGCCCAUGAUUGGCUAUAUUGUUUUGGGUUACCCUCGAGUCAACGAUUAUUAUGUUUUGUCAUAUGAGCUUAUGAUGAAUGUGCUGGAGGAGCGCGGGUCAGGUGUUGGGA